AACCAUGACGUCUAACAUCAGCAAUUUCAGCAUUUAUAUCAGUUAAACUAUGAUUUUUUCCGUUUUCAAAGUAGUGAAGUAGAUAAUAUUCAACAUUUUCCAUUGGUCAAAAAAAAAAAAUUUAAUCCCUAAAGUUGACUGUUACGUUGUUGGUAAAGUAGUUGUGAAAUUACGAUAAACCCUACGCACGAUACUUCUCUGUUCUUCACCACAGCGAACGGCAACACAAAAUCCACCGCCACCGCCACGCACCGCCCUACGACCGUCCACCAUUUUUCUCUCAUCUCUCUGAUUUCUGUUCUCUCUCGGCUCUUGCAGAACACGGCUCCAAUGUCGGAAUUCAGAACCGCAAAGACACGAAGGGGCAAAAAGGAGCUCCAGAAGCGUGCUCCCAAACUGAUUGAAUCUGGUAAGAAAACGCUAGUGCUUCAUGGGACCAAAACUAGUGCUGUUUUGAACACUGUGUUGACUCAGAUUUAUCAGCUCAAGAAGGAAAGUGCUGUUAAGUAUAGCCGUAAGAAUGACAAUAUUAAACCUUUUGAAGCUGGUGGUGAGACCUCUUUAGAGUUUUUCUCCCAGAAAACUGAUUGCAGUAUCUUUCUGUAUGGAUCUCACUCAAAGAAGCGACCUAAUAACCUUGUUAUUGGGAGAACAUAUGAUCACCAUGUCUAUGAUCUGGUAGAAGUUGGGAUUGAAAAUUUUAAAGCCAUGGAGUCAUUUAUGUAUGAUAAAAAGUUAGCUCCAAAGGAAGGUUCAAAGCCUUUUAUGGCUUUCAUUGGAGAAGGGUUUGAGUCUGUUAUCGGACUAAAACAUUUGAAGGAAGUUUUACUUGAUCUUUUUCGUGGAGAGGUUGUGGAGAAUUUAAAUCUUGCCGGAGUGGACCGUGCAUAUGUAUGUACUGCCCUGUCAUCAACUAAGGUGUUUUUUACACACUGUGCUUUGCGGCUGAAAAAAUCAGGCACAGUUGUCCCAAGAAUGGAAUUAGUAGAAGUUGGCCCUUCCAUGGAUAUGGUUAUUCGCCGGCAUCGUCCUCCUAAUGAAAGUGUAAGGAAGGAAGCCAUGAGAACUUCAAGGGACAAGCCAAAGAAAAAGGAGAAGAAUGUUAAAAAGGACCCCCUACAAGGAAAGAUUGGAAAUGUUUAUAUUCCAGAUCAGAAGAUUGGAGAAAUGGCUUUGCCCAAUAAAUCGAAAGGAGUGAAGAGGGAGCGCCGGGAAGCCAAGCAAAAACAUGGGAGUGAUGAUCAUGCAUCGAAAAAGAAGAAGGAAGAUUCUUAAAAUAUUAUAAAUUAUAUACCCGUUGCCGUUCCCUCUUGAUUAUGAAGUGAUCAAGGUGGCUUGAAUAUUCUUCAUUUCACACAUACAGGGAAUAUUUUUGUCGCCAUUUAAUUGUAAGCUAAAGCUAUAGUAUCCACCGCCUAUUUUCAUUAGUUUUUUUAAAUAGUUUUAAGGGAAUGUGCAAUCAGAAAAUUUGGAUAUGUUUGGAAACUGACACAGGAAUUUGGAUCUUAAUGCCAUUUUCUGCUGCUUUAUUUAGCUUAACAGUUUUCCAUUUGAAGUUGGAAUGUGUUUUUGUGCUAAUAGUGAUGCGCUCAAAGCUAUUGAUUCAUCUAUGGGACCUUAUUGGUUCUUUGCUUUAUCCUAUCAAGUGUAUUUAUUGGAAUAUGUUUUUGUCUGCUUCUUUUGUUUAUUAGAAAAGUUACAAUGCACAACACUUUCAUCAAGUCGAAUUUCUUUAAUAGAAACAAAUUCUUUAAAGAUAUUACAUUGUCAAUAUCAAAAUGAAAAUUCAAACUUUACAUCAUAUUGUACAAGUAAAUCCAAAUGCUACUUUUAGUGCAUAGAAUACAAAAUCUUAUCAUUGUCUUUUAUUAAAUGGUAUAGUAAUUUAAAACAUGUUGACAGAAUAUGAAGAUUAAUAGCUUGGAAAUGGUGAAUUUGAAACUACUAGUCUGUUAUUUUCUUGAAGAUCAUGUAAGUUGUUCCAAAUUCAUCUAAGACAAAAGUAAAUAGGUGGAAGCAGAACGAAAUUCAGACGGAGUAGUACUACAACAGCACCGAAGUGUGUCUGGUGUCCAAACGUCCUACACAUAAGUGAUUAGGUUCAAUUAAAUUUUUCUUCAAUUGUUAUCGGUGUCGACAUGUUCUUGUUAGUGUUGCGUCUGGUGUCUAUUAUGUGUCAACUUUGAUUUAGUAAAGUUGACAAGUGACUGGUAACCAAGUGUUUUAAUUUGAAUGGACACAAAAAAAUAAAUCUAUUCACUAUAAAAGUCAUAUGGACCAAAUUGAAACACUAGUGACUAAGUGCUUUAAUAUUAAUUAAUGGACCCAAAAACAAAAGAAUAUCUACUAGAAAAAAUAUCUAAUUUUGACUAUAAAACAAUACCUACACAGAGAAUUUUCAACAGAUCUAAAGAGUAAAGACAAGUGACUAAAUGUUUUAAGUUUGAUGGACAGAAAAAAUAUGUAUGCUUCCUUUAUGCUUCCAUUUCUCCUCUACUCACUGAUUCUGCAAUCCAUCUAUGUUGUAGCUCAAACAAAAAGUACCAUAUCUAUUGGUGAUUCUUUUACUGCAACAACCAGCACCUCUCCAUGGUUGCUUUCACCUUCUGGUGACUUUGCCUUUGGUUUUCUUCCACUUAAAGAAACUGAUCUUUUUUUACUCUCCAUUUGGUAUGCCAAAAUUUCUGAGAAAACUAUUGUGUGGUAUGCUAAUGGAGACAGUCCUGCACCAAAAGGGUCAAAAGUGGAACUCACUGCCAAUGAUGGUUUGGUGCUAACUUCUCCAAAUGGUGUCAAGUUAUGGAAUACUCAAGGACUCAAUGCUAAAGUUUCUCGUGGUGUGUUCAAUGACACCGGCAACUUUGUUCUUCAGGAUGGUAAAUUCAUUAGUCUGUGGGAGACUUUCAAGUUUCCUAGUGACACCUUGUUGCCUUCUCAAGUUGUUGAAAAAGGAAGAAAGCUUUCUUCAAGGCUUAAGGAGACAAAUUUCAAUAAAGGAAGGUUUGAGCUUCUUUUACAAAGUGAUGGUAAUCUUGUUAUGCAUUCUAUUAAUUUACCAUCUGGUUAUGUUAAUGAAAACUACUAUGAAAGUAACACUGUUGGAUCCAGUACAUCAAGUGCUGGAGUUCAAUUAGUCUUUGACAGAUCAGGAUACUUGUAUAUUUUGGGAGAGAACAAUGAGAAAUACAAUGUAUCAGAAGGAGUGAGUAAAGUCUCUACCACCGAUUUUUAUCUUAGAGCAACUCUUAAUUUUGAUGGAGUGUUCAUACUUUACAAGCAUCCAAAGAGUUCAACUAAGAGUGAAGGUUGGACCACAGUGUGGUCUAAGCCUUAUAAUAUAUGUACUUACACUGUCAGUGUAGGUAGUGGUGUUUGUGGAUAUAAUAGUUUUUGCACUUUGGGAGAUGAUAAGAGACCAAAAUGUCAGUGUCCAAAAGGUUACUCACUGAUUGAUCCUAAUGAUCCAUAUGGUAGCUGCAAGGCAGAUUUCAUACUAGGAUGUGAAGAAGAUGAACUAAGUAAAACAAAAGAUCUCUAUGAGUUUGAGAUUUUGAUUGACACUGAUUGGCCUCUAUCAGAUAUUGUGCUACAAAGACCUUUUACUGAAGAACAGUGUAAGAAAUCUUGUAUGGAAGAUUGUUUGUGUUCUGUGGCUAUUUUCAGGUUAGGUGAUAGUUGUUGGAAGAAGAAGUUACCACUCUCAAAUGGGAGAGUUGAUCCAACUCUUAAUGGUGCUAAGGCCUUCUUGAAAGUGAGAAAAAAUAAUGCCUCCACCAUACCCCUCACAAAUAAGCACUAAAUACUCUCUAAAUAAGUUGGUAAUCAUGAUUGGCAGCUAGUGUUAUAUGCUAGUCCUUGUUGUGUUGUUAAAGUGAAAAAUAAAAUUUGGCUUUAUGUCUUUGUAUCAAGUUGUGUCUUUAUGUUCCUUCAACAUUACUAUUGGAGGUUCAAUAUUUGUUUACUUUGUGUGAACAAA